AAAAUUUAUCCACAUAUGAUACGGAUAUGUGGACGAAAGAGAAGGCCCCGCCUCCUGCAGGGUGCCCACUAUAAAAACAACUGGGCUGGCAUUGGCAGACCACAGGAGAUCAACCAAUUCCCGUACGCCACAAACAUGAACAGCCUCGUCGUCGUCGCCUUCCUCGGUCUUUUCGCCGCUGCCUACGGUGGUUUCGUCGGUGGCUACGGCGGAUACGGCCUCGGCUAUGGUGGAUACGGCCUCGGCUAUGGCGGAUAUGGCCUUGGCUAUGGCUAUGGUCUAGGCUACGGCCACGGUCUCGGCUAUGGACUUGGAUAUGGCCACGCCGUUGCUGUUGCUGCCCCCGUCGCUGUGGCCGCUCCCGUCGUGAAGGCUGUCGCUCCUUUGGCUGUCGCUGCGCCCGUCGUGAAGGCUGUGGCUCCCGUGGCUGUCGCUGCGCCCGUCGUCAAGACUUUCGCAGCUCCCGUCGCCGUCGGUUAUGGCCUUGGCUACGGGCUUGGCUAUGGUCAUGGUUACGGCUAUGGGCUUGGAUUCGGCUUCAAGGGUCUCGGCCACUACUACAAAUAAGUCCUUUCAGACCGGACGAGAUGAUAUACAGAACGCUGGAGUGCCACUGUUGUGCUACGAUGGAGAUCAGGGCGUCAAACUAGGUC